AUUUCUUUUUCUUUUUUUUUUCUUUUGAGACAGAGUCUCACUUUGUCACCCUCAAUAGAGUGCUGUGUCAUCAUAGCUCACAGCAACCUCCACCUACCUCGGCCUCCCAGAGUGCUGGGAUUACAGGCAUGAGCCACCAUGCUGGCCCUGAUUUCUUUGUUUUAGAUUGCUGACAGUUUAUCCAUUUACUGUCUGCUCUGCAGUCUUACCUGUGACACUCCAUUUCCUGGCUCGUUAGUGUCACUUUGCUUCACAGCCUUCUAAUCAGGCUGCCAGCCCUUCUAUGCCCAGACCUGCAUUUAGUCUGCUUCUUUGUUUUUUUUUAUAUGACACAGGGACAACAUUCUGCUCGAGAUAGACGUCUUUUGAGGGAUUGAAUGGUUUGCCAAGUACGAGCCCCUAAGUGAAGAAGUCAUCAGCUGGGGGCAUUAUUACUCAGUGACAACCACACACACUCCCUCCCACAGCCCGGGCACCAGGGUUCAUGUCAAUCAUCUCCUUAAUUCACACCGUUCCUCUGGGGGAGGUGCUCCAAGCCCCAUUUUGCAGAUGACACACCUGACCACAAUCACCCAGCUAUUAAGAACAGACACAUGAGAUUGGAGUUUGUCCUGAUUCCAAGGUCCAUGCUCUGAAUCACCUGGCAAUCCUUCAGCAGCUGACAGAAUCCUUCCCUCAGGAACCAGGCACAGACGUACCAGGCGCAUCCUGCAGGCAACGUGGUAAGCCGGGGCACCCCCGGAGGACCACACCCUAAGUUAAACUCUCCCAAAUUUUCAUGUUUAUUAGACAGCUACUCUGCUAGGAAAGACAGUUCUUUGACACUGUGGCCCUUGCUUCCUGCACAUAUAGCAGAGCUGAGAAGCAGCAGUGUGAACCCUGGGGCAGCUGGGCCGGGGGAGAACAGCUUCUUCAGGCUGCGUGGGGCAGGAAGCCUCCGGACAUGUCCUCCCUCUCUUGUUCUGCUUGUUCAGGUAGGUGAGCUGCACAGAGGGAAGUGGUACUGAGUAUUUCCUGGACAGCUUAUUUCUCUUGCAGAAGAAGAUACGUCCACACAAUGGAACAGGAGGCCCCAACUUGGGAGAAGAUGGGGAGGAUUAGAAGGAUGGUGAGGGCAUGGUGUCCAGAAUCCCACUCCGGGAAGACGUCAUUACAAGAAGCUUCUGGUUGACAAAUACUGUCUGGUAUUUCCUUGAUGGUUUUUUACCCUCACACCACAAUCCCUGAUCUCUGUGGUCCAGAUGCAAAUGCAAAUUACCUGAGUCAGUGGGCAGGUGACUCAGCAGCGCCCCUUUAAAGCAACACUGGGAUCAGUGACUGCGGGGGCAGAAGCCAUGGCUCACAGACACCACUUCUCCUGCUUGGCCUUGGUCUGCUGGUUGCUGGUGACUGUGGCAGAAGGACAAGAGGUGCUCACCCCUGCCCCUCCUGGAGGCCCACAACAUAACGUGGACCCUACAGACUGCCAGAUCUUUACACUCACGCCUCCACCCAUCACGAGGAACCCAGUAACAAGCGUCCAGCCCCUCACAAGGACACCCAAGUUUCUCUUCCAUUUUUUUCCACAAGGACCCAGAGUCUACCUUAGGUUUCCAAACAGACCUUUCUUUCUUCCAAAGUGCAACCACCGUUUUCAGUUCCGGCCAUUUUUCUGGCCAACCCGUCCCCGUCUUCCUCAUAGAUUUUUCUACAGAAGAAAACUCCAAAGAGGAAGCUCAUCUGAGGAGAGCUGAGGGGAAAAAGAAGCCCAAACACACUGAAGCAAAAGAGAACAAUCCCUCAGAGAAGGCAAGAAAAAAAUGUAUUUUCUCUUUCCAAACUAAAACCAUUUGAAAAAUUUGAAGAUUACGUAUCCUAAACACCACUGGCUAGAAAUUAUUCUCUUUGUCAACAAGUGAAGAUGCUGAGUUAUAGGCUAUUUAUGAAUAAAAAAUAGUCCAGUGACAAUGUUAUUCUUGUCCUUGACUUUUUAUGGUCACAAGAUAUUUAUGCAAAUAAAAUCUUUAAAUGGGUAGUUCCAAUAAUUCCUGUCCAUAUUGAGAUGCAAGAAAAAUCAACUUCCUGUCUCAAAUAGAAAGCAUUUAAAUAAAAUGAGAUAAUUAUAAAGCAAAUGAAGUUUGUUUUUUUUUUUUUUUGUUUUUGUUUUAGAUAGACUCUCACUCUGUUGCCCUGGGUAGAGUGUGGUGGCGUCAUCAUAGCUCAUGGCAACCUCAAACUCCUGGAUUCAAGUGAUUCUCCUGCCUCAGCCUCCCCUAUAGCUGGGACUACAGGCUCCCGCCACAAUGUCUGGCUAGUUUUUCUAUUUAAUAGAGACUAGGUCUCACUUUAGCUCAUGCUGGUCUCAAACUCCUGAGCCCAAGCAAUCCACCCUGCCCCAGACUCCCAGAGUACUGGGAUUACAGGUGUGAGCCACCAUGCCCGGGCCAUGACAUGAUUUUUUAACACUCAUCAGAAAACCUACGGAGAAAGUACCUUGACAAAGUGAACUUUUAAAAAUAUUAUAAAGCUUAAAGCGAAAAAAGUUAUGGGGAGUCUGGCACUAGAUAAUACUUUAAAGAUAUAAACUGAAUUAUCUAAUGCAUUUUUUUAACUUUAGUAUCUAAUCGACUUUAAUGUUAACUUUUAGACAGCCAGUGCAAAUGAGAUUAAGUAUCAAUAUCACGAUUUCUGCUAUUGUCAUAUAGAUAUUGGCUAAAAUGGUAUACUUCCCCUUCAGGUGGUUGUAAGUGUAAAGGCCUGAUUAAAAGGUUACAUGGAUGUUCUCGGUAAUUGUGGAACUUUACAGACAUGAGUUCACUGAACUUUGGGAACCCUGUAUUCUCGUGUGCAAUAUGAGAAACGAAUCUCACAGAUUGCAUUCACGGGUUAUUUGUUGGGACACUCCGUAAAAUUCUGCCCCCUGUUUAUGCCACUCAUCUUGCCAGUCACACAGGAACUUUGGAUUUGUAUACAGGUCAGUGGCUUGCACCUGUCCCUCCCGAGAACACGCGUAAAUAUUGCUGCUGCU